GAAUCAUAAAACAUGCCAGCGCCUCCAGUAUCGGCUGGUGCCAGGUUUCGGCAAAGAAAGAUUUCUGUCAAACAGACUUUGCAAGUUUUGAGACAAUCUGAUUUACCUGACUUGGAAUCCGAGGAUCAAGUUCAGCGUGAUUUUCAGCACAUAGAAACCGGUGUCGAAAAAAGCGAAGAAGAGGAAGAGCAUUUGCAAGCUGUGAUCAAUGCUGCUCAUGCUGCUGCUACUGGUGUUUCAAAACCUGUCAAAAAGGACCUCUUCAUUCCAACCCCUGAUGCCUCCAAAUUAUGGCCAGAGGCUUCCAAAUACUACCAGGGGAAUUUCGUGAUGCCAACUAGUUAUAUAAAAUUUUCAGCUACUGUCAACGAUACUUCUGGUGUUCCUUAUAAUUUAGACGAAAUCGAUGAAGAAUUUCUAAUUUCUUUAAAUAAAAAUUUGCCCAACCAUAUUGACCCAUGCACUGAAUCAGAGUUUGAAUUGAUAUGCUACAAUUUCGAAAAAGCUGUCAGUGAAAAACAGCCUUAUUUGUCGAUGGACCCUCGCUCAAUAUUAUCCUUCAAAGAUAUAGAAGUCUAUUCAUUGACCGAAAAUCCAAUCUCUGAUGAUUCAAUAAAGGCCUCUUUAGAAAGGGAAUUAAACUACAAACCUAUAGUAAACCUAUUUGAAAAGGAAUCAAAUGAAUCUCAAAGAUCCUUAAUUAAACUAUUCGAAUUAUUUGGUCCUCAAAUAUACGAACACUGGAAAGAUAGAAAAAUCGAAAGAGGUGGCAAAACAAUCGCUCCAAUACUCAAAUUCGAAGACCCAUCAGAAAAGGAUGAUUCCGAUCCUUAUGUUUGCUUCAGAAGAAGAGAAUUUAGACAACAAAGAAAAACUAGAAGAGCAGAUUUACAUAGCUCUGAAAGAUUAAGAAAAUUACAUCAGGAACUAAUAAAUGCUAGAGAAUUAAUAAUGCUCGUCGCUAAAAGAGAAAUUGAAAGAAAAAACUCUCUACUACUAGAAAGAAAAAUAUUCCAAGAAAGAACCCAAGUCAAACGUUUAAGACGCGAGUUGAAUAUAGAAACUGAUGAUAUUGAUGAUUUGUUACCUCUCAAGAAAAAGAAAUUAUCUAAAUCAAUUGACCCUAAUAAUGAUUCCAAGAUUUCUAACGGUAUUAUAAACGGCAAAAUCAACUCUAACAAAGACAAAAAUUCUAUUGAUGACAUUGAUGAUAAAAUCAAAUCAAAGAAAGAAUUGCGAGAAAAGAAAUUACAAAAGACCAAAUCUAUUAAAGAUGGCUCUCCUGGUUCCAAUUCCUUCCUAAAAUCAAAAAGACAAGCCUUGGGACAAUUAUCUCAAACUUACGUUCGUUUACCAGCUUCCAAAAUCCCAGAUUUGCCAUUAGUAACCGUUGAAAAUGUUUUGAAAAAUAAAGACAAUGACCUAGCAAAAGCGGUUGCUGAAAAAAUUAAAAAGAAACGCGAAGACGAUAAAGGUUGGGUGAAUUUAACCGAUGAUCCUUUCAAUCCAUUCUUCACAAUAUCUUUGCCCAACGAAUAUAUAUGUGACACAAAACAUUUACCAUAUUCUUCAAUAGCUUCAUCAAUAUUUGAAAUUCAAUCUUCAAAUUUUAUAAAUGAAUCACUAAGUAAACUAUUUAAUAAUGAAAAACAUUUAAGGGACUCAAUAUUGGCUUUAGAAGCUACUAACGGUGCAAUAAAUGAAAAAGUAGAAAUAAAACCUGAAUUUUACAAUCCAAUGCUAGAUUAUGAUAUACACAAAAGAAUUUCAGAACCGAUUUUCAGGUUAAGAAAAAGAAUUAGCCGCAACGGAAAAAUCAUGAUUGAUAGAAAAGGUCUAGUUAAAAAAGAAGACCCAAUCGACGAAUUUUUAAAUUUCGACAACACAAUAAAUGAAGAAACCUUAAAUGAUGUAAAAAAUGAUGAGAUUAAUGAUAAAAUUAUCAACUCUGUUUAUGAUUCUAAUAUCGAAACUUUCAUUAGACAUGAAAGUAGAUGGCAGUUUGAUACCGACUCAACUGAAUUAAUGCAAUCAAAGGCCAAUCCAAUUGGUCACGAUCCCGCAAAAUUGAAUUGCAUUUCUAAUGACACUCAGGCAAUUCGAUUUGGUUCAAUGUUAUUGACAAAAUCGAGUGAGUCCACAAAAGAUAGCAAAAUAUCUCUCGGGAGAAUGAAAAUCAUUCAACAACAACUACAACAACAACAGUUUCAUCAGUAUCAGCUUCAUCAAAGGCAACAAAUGCAAUUAAAACAAAUGCAGCUUCAACAACAAUCUCAGGCUCAACAACUACAAAAACAACAACAACAACAACAGCAGCAGCAGCAGCAGCAAAAUAUUCAAAUAAAAUCAAGUCCUUUAAUCAUCCAGCAAACUCAAGCACCACAGUUGUCACAACAACCUCAAAAUCAACAAAAUCCGCUGCAAAAAGUGCAACAAAAUAUACAGCCACAGGUGCAAUCACCUUCCCAGCCUUCAUCCCUGCCUCAAAGUCAAUCUCAAGGUCAACAGCAACAACAACUUCAACAGCAGAAUCAACUUCAACAGCAAAAAGCUUUUCAAAAACAACAAAUUUCUCAACAAAAUCAACAAAAACAAUACCAAAAACAGCAAUUAGUGAAAAAUCAGUAUCAACAACCACAAAAACAAAAUUUACAAAGUCCUCAAUUUCCUCCACAAAUCCAGCAACAAUUGCACCAACAAUUUUUGCAACAGCAACUACAAAACCCACAACUUGCAAAUCCUCAAUUAAAUCCUCAAUUAAAUCCUCAGUUACAUCAACAUCUCCAACAUCAAUUGCAAAGCCAACAAAUUCAAUCUUCACAGCUAACCCCACAGAUGCAACAAUUUCAACAGCAAAUAAAGGCGCAACAACUACAAAAUCAACAGUUACCCAAAAAACAAUUACAAAAACAAAAGCAGUUUGUAAUGUGAAAUUAUACUCAAAAUCUAAUUAUAAAUUAUAAAAUUUGAUGAGAACUUUUAUCAAAAUU